AUGUCUUUCGGCAAGCUUUACUCCUACUCGGGCAACCCGCGCACCACUUCGCUGCUCGCCGUUGCGAAGGAGAAUGGUCUUGACCUCGAGUUUGUCGAGACCACUCCUGCCAAUGGUGUCUCCACCGAGUACCUGAAGCUCAACAAGCUCGGCAAGGUUCCCACCUUCGAGGGCGCUGACGGCUUCGUCCUCAGCGAGACCAUCGCUAUCGCCGUUUACCUCACCUCGCAAAACGAGAAGACCGCCCUUCUUGGCAAGACCAAGCAGGACUACGCCUCUAUCCUGCGAUGGAUGUCAUACGCCAACACUGAGAUCCUCACUCCUCUCGGUGGCUGGUUCCGUCCCCUCGUCGGCCGUGACCCCUACAACAAGAAGAACAUCGAGGACUCCAAGGCUGCUGCCACCAAGGCCGUCCACGUCCUUGAGGAGUACCUCCUCACUCACACCUACCUUGUUAGCGAGCGCCUCACCCUCGCUGACUUCUUCACUGCCUCCAUCCUCGCCCGCGGCUUCCAGUACUUCUACGACAAGGCCUGGCGUGCGGAGAACCCCAACGUCACCCGUUGGUACGAGACCGUCUACAACGUUCCUAGCUACUCCGCAGUGGCAGGCAAGCUCGAGUUCAUCGAGGAGGCCAUCAAGAACACUCCCCCGAAGAAGGAGGAGAAGCCCAAGAAGGAGCAGCCCAAGGCUGCGGCCAAGCCCAAGGAGACCCCCGCCGAAGAGGAGGAGGAGGCUCCUAAGCCCAAGCCCAAGCACCCCCUUGCCCUGCUUGACCGCCCCACUUUCGACCUUGACGAGUGGAAGCGCCAGUACUCCAACAACGACGUGAAGGUCUCCCUGCCGUGGUUCUGGGAGAAUGUCAAGUUCGAUGAGUACUCCAUCUGGAAGGUCGACUACAAGUACAACAAGGAGAACAAGCUCGUCUUCAUGACCUCCAACCUCGUUGGUGGUUUCUUCGCCCGUCUUGAGGCUUCCCGUAAGUUCAUAUUCGGUGCCGCUUCCGUGUACGGUGAGAACAACGACAACGCCAUUCAAGGUGCCUUUGUCAUCCGUGGCCAGGACUCCACCCCGGCUUUCGAUGUCGCUCCCGACUUUGAGAGCUACGAGUUCACCAAGCUCGACCCCUCCAAGCCAGAGGACCGCACCUUCGUCGAGCAGCAGUGGGCUGACGAGCCUCCGGCCAUCACCAUUGACGGCAAGGAGUACAAGUACGCCGAUGGCAAGAUCUUCAAUGGAGGCUCUGGAGGCGGACCUAGUGAAGACAAUGUUACUGGCUUUCUCGUACGAUCAACAGCCGCAAAGUGGGCGAAGAACUCUGUCCUGGCUGUAGAUGCGGGAUCCCAUCUGGCAGCCAUAACCCGCAUACUCGCCAAUGACUUUCCAUUAGCAUCAGAGCCUGCACCAAGAGUGACGCCAAAAUUGCCGAACAGGAAUGGCAAUGGCCGUGAGCGAGACUCUCCCUCACCAGGGACGGCGCCCAUAUCAGUCUCUGACGAAGGGUCCGACAUCGACACGCCAAGUUCAGAUAUCGAACCCAUGCCCACCUACACGACACUAGAGAAUGGCCCCUUUGCUGGAGUAGCAUUUCCGAACGAAACCGCGAGGGCCAAUGCGCUGCAUGUAGUGAGGGAACAUAUCUCGACCUACCUCAUCACGCAUCCCCAUUUAGACCACGUAUCUGGCUUUGUGAUCAACACGGCCGCUUUCCACAAUACAUCUCGUCCUAAACGGCUAGCAGCGCUUCCAUUCACCGUUAAUGCGAUCAAGACACACAUUUUCAACAACAUCUUAUGGCCGAACCUCACCGACGAAGACGGCGGCGUAGGCCUAGUCACCUUCCAAAGGCUCCAAGAAGGUGGCAACAUUGCCCUCGGAGAAGGCAGUGGACGUGGCUACAUCGAAGUCUGCGACGGUCUCGGCGUGCGCGGCUUCAAAGUCAGCCACGGCCACUGCAUGCGAGGCCCUGGCCAUGUCCAUCGUGGCUCCAACGCCAACCAACUCGAGCCCUCGAGCAUCGGUCUCCACCGUGCGUCCACCCACCACAUCUCAUCACAGCAUCUCGACUCCCUCCCCGACGGCCGUGAAGCCCGCUCCCUCAGCUUCUCCCAUCCCACCCAGAGCGCCCCCGGCACGCCCCUGUUCUCAGGAAACACGGCCCCCGACGCCGCCCGCAACAGCAACGUCAGUCAAUCCACCCUCGAAAACCACUGCGUCAUUGACUCCACCGCGUACUUCAUCCGCACCGAAUCCACGCCCACGACCCCGACAAAGGAAGUCCUCAUGUUCGGCGACGUCGAGCCCGACAGCAUCAGUCUCUCCCCACGCACCGCGCACGUUUGGGCGGAAGCCGCGCCCAAGAUCGCCGCCGGCAUCCUCACGGGUAUCUUCAUCGAGUGCUCUUACACGAACAGCCAGGGCGACCCGGUGCUGUACGGCCACCUCGCGCCACGGCACCUGCUCGCCGAGCUGCAGAACCUCGCGGAGAUGGUCAAGGAGGCCCGGCGGGAGCACGAGAAGGAGAAGGAGGAGGCGCGCAAGGGGCGCAAGCGGAAGCGCGCGAGUUACGGGGCGGGGCUGGACGGCGGAGGCGCGAGCACGCCGGAUGCGCGCAAGAGCAGUCGCACGCGCGCCUAUGUUCCUGAUGCUCAGAGUCAGGCCCAGCCGAGAGGAGCAGACGACGACGUUAUGACCGACUACGCGCCCUCGCCGCGGCCCGCGCCGACCGGUACGCAUACCCCUGCGCAUCCCUCCACACAUGCCGCCUUGAACAUCGCUAGCGUGAGCGCGGAGCAUAGUCGGGCUCUUCUGGCAGCCGGGUUGGAAGCACCGCUCAAGGGACUCAAGGUCGUGGUCAUGCAUGUCAAGGACACGAUGAGCGAUGGGCCUUUGGUGGGUGAUCUCAUAUUGCAGGAGCUGAGGGAGGGAGAGAGGAUGGCGGCGGAGACGGGGAAGGGGCUGGGAUGCGUCUUUGAGGUCGCGAAAAGUGGGAUUAGUUAUUGGUUUUAAUUGGGAUGGUUUAUGAGGAUGGGUAUGGUUGCGAUUGGGAUGGGUGAAUGGAUUGAACAGGGACUCUUUGGGUAUGAGUGUGGUCCGGCUAGGCGUUGAUGGUGUUUUGCGGAUGUACGUGGGUGGUGGUCUUGCGUGGGGCUUUGGCCUGGUUAUGUGUAGUGUUGCGAUUAUCAUGCUGCAACUGAAAUCGUCGGUGUGGCCUGUUGUUGGUGAGAAGCGUGGUGUAUGCAAACUAUACAUAUCGUUAGCAAGUCUUUACUGCGCACGCGGUUCAAUUGCACACGCUUCGCCCUUGAAGGAUCGAGUAUACCUGACAAAAGGUCUGUCCCAACCGCUGGUGGGAGAUUAGAGAGCGAUUAUUGAUUCGAAGAGGG